UUUAAGCAAUAAAGAGUGUUUUGCUAGUUCCAGCCCAUUGAAACAUGCAUUUGUAGCAGAGAUUGCGUUUCACUUUCUAAAGGCCCUUUUGGCGUUUAGAUAGGGUACGGUACCGUUCCUCAAGUGAGAACCAACGGUGUAGGAGUAAAAGUCCCACAAGUGCAAUUAACCCCGAAACGCAAACAUACCCCAAUUCCCGAUCAUCCGAAGGGGGUGGGCCGACGUGAAUCUCAAUUUCAUAAACGUUUACGUACCAGCACACGGUGGUUGUUGCGAUGGUUGUUGACCUCGAUCUUCAGGAAGCGGAACCAUCGUCGCUGACAGCUGGACAUGGACGGUCCGGCGUCGCCAAGUACGAAUUAGAAUGGCAGAACAUUAUGAUGAUCGCGAACGAGACAAACCUGCCACAUUUAAGACAGCUGGCCGUACAGGGCGAUCUACGCGCAUCUCCAUUUCGUAGCGUGUGCUGGGCCGUGUUCCUUCGAGUACUGGAAACGCCUGGUUCCCCGAGUUGGCCCCAGCAACGGUCCGAUGCAAGGGCACACUAUCGCCGGCUUAAGGAUCAGUUUGUGCUUAAUCCGCACCAACAGACGACGGAUGUGCGGGACGAUCCACUGUCCCAAUCAAAGCAAAGCCUCUGGAAUCAACACUUUUGUGAUCAGGAACUAUGCGCUGUGAUAAAGCAAGAUGUCGUACGCACCUUUCCCGGGGUCGACUUCUUUCGCAAACCGACGAUACAGGAACUGAUGACCAACAUUCUGUUCUGUUACGCUCGACAAUAUCCUGCCAUGUGCUACCGGCAGGGCAUGCAUGAAAUACUGGCACCGCUAAUUUUUGUCAUCCAUAGUGACCAGCAAGCACUGGCACACAUACAGGAGCUUCAUCCGGACAUUGACCGUAACCUGUUGGCGACUUUGGACCCACUCUAUCUCGAAGAGGAUUCCUAUGCGCUCUUCUCCAAAAUAAUGUUCCAGAUUGAAUCCUUCUAUCGCAUCACGGAUGUUGUACCAACCGCUACUGGAUACUUCCCAGCGCAAACCCCGGCCAGUCCGAUGAAUUCCAGUCCUGCUGGUGCGAAACGAAAACCAGAAGUGGAAGUGGUGGAACAGCUGAACUACAUCAAGGAUAAAAUUCUCAUCAAGGAAGAUCUCCAUCUGCACAAUCAUCUCCUGAAGCUCGACAUUCCUUUGGCCAUUUUUGGCAUCCGAUGGUUACGUUUGCUUUUUGGGCGCGAAUUUGCAUUACAAGACUUGCUGCUACUGUGGGAUGCAAUAUUCGGCGAGGGAGACGAACUUGGUCUGAUCAAUUACGUCGUCGUGGCGAUGCUGAUACGAAUAAGAGAUAAGUUAAUUUAUAGUGACUAUACAACCUGCCUUUCGUACCUGAUGCGUUAUCCUAGCAACGUAGACAUAGCGCUCGUGAUACGCCACGCGCUACACAUGAAAUCUCCCAAAGUAUACGAGCGGCCGGCCGGUGCUAUGAUCUUCCUUUCGUCACCCAAACGUCAAACGCACCAGCAACCGCAGCCAGCCGUCGGAAUGCGGUCGAAAACGGCCGAAAUAAUGCAGCCAAAGUAUUCCACACUGCCUUCAGUGCAUCAGCGUCGUGGACAGAUCGCUGUCGAUGAUCAUCCGUUGCAAAGCCGGUCUAGUUCAAGUGGUGCCGGUGGAUCGGACGAAUAUCACCGCACCAACUCACUGCCAAGAAAUGGAGGAUCGAUGCGAAAGACAACGGCAGUCGAACUACGCCAGGUCGCCUGUCUUGCUACUAAAAAAGCGAUCACCGAUUCAACCCAACCGGACGUACGUGAUCCAACCGUAACGGACGGCUAUCGAGAAGAUGAUCCGGAAUUGCUUCGCAUUGAGCUGCAAAAUGCGUACAACAUCAUGUCAGUUGGUCGAGCGAAGCUGCUCCAGUAUCUAACCGUGCUGCGGCGCAACAUCCGGACAAACAAUCCGCAAGGCGAGCUGCAGCAAUCGCUCGAAGGGAUAGAGGAAAUUUGCUCACUGUUAAAACCACGCUACGAUACCGUGUUCCGCGUACCGGCACCCAUUGAUGCCGCAACGGAAGCGAACGAAGAGCCGCAGCAGGCCCGAAAACCAUUGCUGCCUGGGGGUGCAAAACUAGUGUCCACCGAACAACAAGCGAGCAGUGUCCAGCGUACGCAAACGCCGCCAAAUAGUUUGAACCUAACGCGGUCGUACAACUACGAUCUGGACUGCAGACGAAACAGUGCAUCACAAUCGAACAUCACGCAGUAUGAAAUACCCGAAGAUCGGUACAGCAAAAUAGCGACCAAAAAGUUGGCCAACCGCAAGGAGGUAGAAAUGAAUGUGUUUACAAAAGAUUUCUCCGAUCGUCACCGUAGGAUCGAUGACAAAGAUUUGCCCAGUACUAAUCCGCAGGGUAACUCGGAAAGAUCGGAAUGACAGUUCUGAAAGGUUCUGCAUCUGUAUCGUAUAAUGUUACGCGCACGUUUCAUUUAAUGUCGUUUAUUUUAGGCAAACAUUGUAACAUUGUGACACUAUUCCGGCGUAAAGAAUAUUGAUAUAGUGCAAUAUGCACAAGCUUAAAGUUAAUGUUUUAAUUGCAGUAUACAUACAUAACAAAACGCAAUUUGUAUUGUACGACAGGGGAGUUCGAUCUCGGCCGAAUGUUUCCAUUUAAGGCCUUCUCUGCUCGUUGUCGCGAAAGCAUGACAACAGAUGUGAUAUGCUUCUAUUUGAAGGAUGAAAAAAUUCAAAACAAGUAGUAGCUCCCGUAACGUUGGGCAAAAUGUUUGUGUAAUAAAGGAGCAGAAAGCGCU